AUGACAAUAGACUUUGGCGACGAAUGUCUGCCAUCCCCAACACCAUCAACCUCAUCUCCCGUCCACUUAUGGCCGUCAAAGUCGAAAAGGAAGUAUAACGUCAAUAAAACACCGCUAGGAAUCCCGGUUUUAUGUUGGGUUUUAUUGAGUAUUGGAUUGGGUUUGGUGAUCCUAGGAACGGCCGGUAUUUACCUGAUUGGAUUGAGUUCCGGCCCUAGAGUUUUGUACUUGAAAAGUGGUUUGGAAGAGCCGGUUGAUUUUGUACAGUGCAGUUAUGGACAAUGUACCGAGUUUCAGAAUUGUAGGUAUAGGUUGGGAGAGAAGAUAAAGGCAUAUGUUCAACCGUUGGUGGAGCUGGUGGAUGCGGUAAAGAAAAUUUUAAAAUUUUCCAAAGACUUUUUUUUAAUUUUUCAAAUAAAUUUUAAAAAAAUGUUUUAUUAUCUGCUCUAAACCUUUAACCACCAUCCUCUUUCAGGACGGCGCAGCGGUUGCCGCCGUAUCAGCCGAGUUCCUAGCCCUUCGGAGAGCUUUUUCAAACCAUGUUGAGCUGGUUGAUAGUGCCGAAAAGGCUUGUUUAACUGUGCCUGGUGUUGAUUUUACAAAUUUGAUGAAGUUCAGGUCAGGAAAUGUUGUUCAAAGAGCUAUUGAAGCAGUUGAAAGGGACCUGAAUGGGGCCAGGACAAAUAUAUUGUUGUUCAACAACAUUGGAAUGAUUGAGAAAAUGCAGUACAAGGUAAUUUUUUAAAAUUGGCGGGACGUUUUUAAAAUUUUUGAAAAUGAAAAAAAUUUUUUUUGUGAAAUUUCGAAAUUUUAUUUAAAAAAAUUUUUUUUUGAAAAUUUUAGAAUUUUUUAAACUUUAAAAAAAUUCUCAACUAACUAUGAAAAAAAGUAAAAUUUUAGCUAAAAACCUUAUUUUAGGUAAUAUGGGCAAGUGCCGAACUCACAGCGAAACAAUUCCGCUCUCAUUAUGAUAUUGCCGUUCCACCUUUGAGACCAUAUAACUUACUAUCAGCUGAUGGACUACAGAAUCAAUUAUUCACAAAAAGAGAAGAGAUCAUAUGGACGGUCUAUACUAGAUUCGCUGAUCAGAAAGUUUUUGCCGAAAUGGAAAAAAUCAUGAAUUUGUACGAACCAAACGCUGAUCGGAUCGUUUAUGGGGGUAGGUUAAACAGAAAUUAGUAUAGCUCGAAAAUUGGGUUACGGAUUGGGCUGAGAUUUUGGAAAUAUGAUAAUAAUGUCUUGUAUAGUUGAUAGGAAAGAAGACAAUGUUAAUUUUUCAAAAGUUUUAAGUCACUAAAGUUUGUAUUUUGCGCCAAUUGGCGUAGCGUUUCAAAGUUUCAUUAUAGCAGAUCAAACUGAAGUGGAUCCUUAUGACAUUUUCAGCGAAUACAAAUACCUCUCUCAAAUCAAAUUUUUGGGGCUAGAGGCACAUUAUUUUGUAAACAUCAUAAUAAUAGCGACCAUUUCAGUUGACCUACCAGGUGACAAAUUCAACGUGACCCACAUCUUAGACCAAAAAUCGAACGAAGUAUUCGAAUACUCGAAACUCCUCAAAGCCUCCACCUUCACCAUCAUAAGCGACGAUGUGCCAGGCUAUCAGCUGGCCAUAGUAGACGCCCUCCAGUCCCAGUCCAUCCCCGUUGUCAUCAGUGAUGAAUAUGUGUAUCCUUUCGGCUCGGAACUUGAAUGGAAACGUUUUUCAAUUAAGGUACCACGACAACAAGCCAAUAAUCUUGUGAUCAUACUGAACAAGUUUGACCAAACUGCCAUCAAAGAGAUGAGAAGCUUGGCUAGGGUAGUGUACGAUGAGUUCAUGGGCUCACCGGAGAAAGUGGUUCAGGCUACGCUGGCUUCGAUCAAAAGAAGGUUUUCGAAUGACAUCUAUGGAGGCAUGGACAGGUUGGGAGAGGGAACACAGGGCGUUAAGGUAGGUGUAGGGGUGAGAAGGUUUAUUGGAUGAGUUACAACAUUGUCAGUACUAUUCUUUAUACAAAAGUUAUACCAUAAAAUGCUAUUUUGAACUAUAGGUAACAUUUUAUUAAAUUUUAAUUUCUUAAACUAUGCCACUUUUCAAAACAUUUGUUUUAGAUCUUCAAAGGGAUCCCAAUUCGAUCAAUGGCCAAAUCUGUUGAUAUUAUCUUACCAAUAGAGAAUGCCAACGAUUCCCACACCCUCCAAGACAAAAUAAGAAACAUCUAUGAAGUUGUAGGCCAAAAAGUUGAAUCAAUCGCUGUCUUUUGGCCAGAUGACUUAAAAGUAGAAAAACCGACUUUACUAAGUGAACAUGUUCAUAUAUUAUCCACAGACAGACGUUACUUCAAUAAAAACCCUGACGAAGCGGUCAGAACCCUCAGCAAGAAAAGCGAUGUCACUUCAGACUGCUGGGUUGUAUGGUCGUAUGAAAGGAAAUUCAACAUGUCACAGGCCUUGUUUGAUCAAGUAUUCACUGUGUGGAAAGAGAACGCUGACCAGAUCGUCAUUGCACAAAGUAGUGAAUCUGAAAGGUACAACGUUCCUACAGGAUUGACGCUAGUGCAUCCAGUAAGUUUUUAACUUUAUCGAGUAAGACAUUCAUCUUUUUUACUAGGUAAUGACACAGAAUAAAACUGGUCAACAAAUUAAAUUGUUUUUUUCAGAAUCUGUUGGUCGAAAUGAUAAAAACAAAUUUCUCGACGGACAAGGCUCCUUGCACCGAGCACAUUGUCCAAACUACGUCGUGUGCAAUGUCAGAUGGUGCGUGUGAAAAAGCGCCGGUACGUUUAUGCAGGACGAAAGAUCAUUAA